AUGCAACCGGUGUACCCGGAGGUGAAACCCAACCCGCUGCGGAACGCGAACCUCUGCUCGCGCGUGUUCUUCUGGUGGUUAAACCCCUUGUUUAAAAUCGGUCACAAACGGAGAUUAGAAGAAGAUGACAUGUACUCGGUGCUUCCAGAAGAUCGCUCCCAGCACCUUGGAGAAGAGCUGCAAGGAUACUGGGAUCAAGAGGUUUUGAGAGCUGAGAAAGAUGCACGGAAGCCUUCUUUAACAAAAGCAAUCAUCAAGUGUUACUGGAAAUCCUAUGUAGUUUUGGGAAUUUUUACAUUAAUUGAGGAAAGUACCAGAGUAGUUCAGCCCAUAAUUUUGGGGAAAAUUAUUGGUUAUUUUGAAAACUACGAUCCCUCUGAUUCUGCUGCUUUGUACGAAGCCCAUGGCUAUGCCGGGGUGCUGAGUGCCUGCACGCUUGUCUUGGCCAUUCUACACCACUUGUACUUCUACCACGUCCAGUGUGCGGGGAUGAGGCUGAGAGUAGCCAUGUGCCACAUGAUCUACCGCAAGGCCCUUCGCUUGAGUAACUCGGCCAUGGGGAAGACCACCACAGGCCAGAUAGUCAAUCUGCUGUCCAACGAUGUGAACAAGUUUGAUCAGGUAACGAUAUUCUUGCACUUUCUGUGGGCAGGGCCACUGCAGGCUAUCGUAGUGACCGCCCUGCUCUGGAUGGAAAUAGGAAUAUCAUGUCUUGCUGGGAUGGCGGUUCUCAUUGUUCUUCUGCCUUUGCAAAGCUGCAUCGGGAAGUUGUUUUCAUCACUCCGGAGUAAGACUGCAGCCUUCACAGAUACCAGGAUCAGGACCAUGAAUGAAGUUAUAACUGGCAUCAGAAUAAUAAAAAUGUAUGCUUGGGAAAAGUCUUUUGCAGACCUUAUCACCAAUUUGAGAAGGAAAGAAAUUUCCAAGAUUCUGAGAAGUUCCUACCUCAGAGGGAUGAAUUUGGCAUCAUUUUUUGUUGCGAGCAAAAUCAUCGUUUUCGUCACCUUCACCACCUACGUGCUCCUUGGCAACGUGAUCACAGCCAGCCGUGUGUUUGUGGCAGUGUCGCUGUACGGGGCUGUGCGGUUGACAGUCACCCUCUUCUUCCCAUCGGCCGUCGAGAAGGCGUCAGAGGCAUUCGUCAGCAUCCGAAGGAUCAAGAACUUCCUGUUACUUGAUGAGAUAACACAGUUCCACUCGCAACUACCAUCAGAUGGUAAAAUGAUCGUGAAUGUGCAAGAUUUCACUGCUUUUUGGGAUAAGGCAUCAGACACCCCAACCCUACAAGGCCUUUCCUUUACUGUCAGACCUGGUGAACUGUUAGCUGUGGUCGGACCUGUGGGAGCAGGAAAGUCCUCACUGUUGAGCGCUGUGCUGGGGGAGCUGCCCCUGAACCAGGGACAGGUCAGCGUGCACGGGAGGAUCGCAUAUGUUUCUCAGCAGCCCUGGGUGUUCUCAGGAACUGUGAGGAGUAACAUUUUAUUUGGGAAGAAAUAUGAAAAGGAACGAUAUGAAAAAGUAAUAAAGGCUUGUGCUUUGAAAAAGGAUUUACAGCUUCUGGAGGAUGGAGAUCUAACUAUGAUAGGAGACCGGGGAACCACACUGAGUGGAGGGCAGAAAGCCCGGGUCAACCUAGCCAGAGCCGUGUAUCAGGAUGCAGACAUCUACCUCCUAGAUGAUCCACUCAGCGCAGUGGACGCAGAAGUCAGCAGGCACUUGUUUGAACUGUGUAUUUGUCAAGCCUUGCAUGAGAAGAUCAGAAUCUUAGUGACUCAUCAGUUGCAGUACCUAAAAGCUGCAAGUCAGAUUCUGAUAUUAAAAGAUGGCAAAAUGGUGCAAAAGGGGACUUACACUGAGUUCCUGAAAUCUGGGAUAGAUUUUGGUUCCCUUUUAAAGAAGGAGAAUGAGGAGGCUGAACCAUCUCCGGUUCCAGGAACUCCCACCCUGAGGAAUCGCACCUUUUCCGAGUCUUCAGUUUGGUCUCAACAGUCUUCCAGACCCUCCUUGAAAGAGGCCACUCCGGAGGGCCAAGAAACCGAGAAUGUACAGGUUACCCUAACUGAGGAGACCCGUUCGGAAGGAAAAGUUGGUUUUAAGGCUUAUAAGAAUUACUUUACAGCCGGUGCUCACUGGUUUAUCAUCAUUUUCCUCAUUCUAGUAAACCUUGCAGCUCAGGUCGCCUACGUCCUGCAGGACUGGUGGCUUUCAUACUGGGCCAAUCAACAGAGUGCCCUGAACGUCACUGUUAAUGGACAAGGAAAUGUAACCGAGAAGCUCGAUCUGAACUGGUACUUAGGAAUUUACUCAGGGUUAACUGCAUCUACUGUCCUAUUUGGCGUCGCCAGAUCGCUCUUGGUGUUCUUCGUUCUUGUUAGUUCUUCACAAACUUUGCACAACCAGAUGUUCGAGUCCAUUUUGAGAGCUCCAGUAUUGUUCUUCGAUAGAAAUCCAAUAGGAAGAAUUUUAAAUCGUUUCUCCAAAGACAUUGGGCAUAUGGAUGACUUGCUGCCCCUGACAUUUCUUGAUUUCAUCCAGACAUUUCUGCAAGUGAUCGGUGUGGUGGGCGUGGCAGUGGCGGUGAUUCCUUGGAUUGCCAUACCCCUGGUUCCCCUUGGCAUCAUUUUCUUUGUUCUCCGACGAUAUUUCUUAGAAACAUCGCGAGAUGUCAAACGCCUGGAAUCUACAACACGGAGCCCAGUGUUUUCCCACUUAUCGUCUUCUCUCCAAGGCCUCUGGACCAUCCGGGCGUACAAAGCCGAACAGAGGUUUCAGGAGCUGUUCGACGCACACCAGGACUUGCACUCAGAGGCUUGGUUCUUGUUUCUGACGACGUCCCGAUGGUUCGCUGUGCGUCUGGAUGCCAUCUGUGCUGUGUUUGUCAUUGUUGUUGCCUUUGGGUCCCUGAUUCUGGCAAAAACUUUGGAUGCUGGGCAGGUUGGCCUGGCGUUGUCCUAUGCCCUCAUGCUCAUGGGGAUGUUCCAGUGGUGCGUCAGGCAAAGUGCUGAAGUUGAAAAUAUGAUGAUUUCAGUAGAAAGGGUGAUCGAGUAUACAGAUCUGGAGAAAGAAGCGCCCUGGGAGCACCAGAAACGCCCGCUGCCGUCCUGGCCCCAUGAAGGCGUGAUCAUCUUUGACAACGUGAACUUCUCGUACAGCCUCGAUGGGCCUCUUGUAUUGAAGCACCUGACUGCGCUCAUUAAAUCAAAAGAAAAGAUUGGCAUUGUGGGAAGAACAGGAGCUGGAAAAAGUUCUCUCAUCGCUGCCCUUUUUAGAUUGUCGGAGCCUGAAGGUAAAAUCUGGAUUGAUAAGAUCUUGACAACCGAAAUUGGUCUUCAUGAUUUAAGGAAGAAAAUGUCAAUUAUACCUCAGGAACCUGUUUUAUUCACUGGAACAAUGAGGAAGAAUCUGGAUCCCUUCAAUGAGCAUUCAGAUGAGGAACUGUGGAAUGCCUUAGAAGAGGUGCAAUUGAAGGAAGCCAUCGAAGAUCUUCCUGGUAAAAUGGAUACUGAAUUAGCAGAAUCCGGAUCAAACUUUAGUGUUGGACAGAGACAACUGGUGUGCCUUGCCAGGGCUAUCCUCAGGAAAAAUCGGAUAUUGAUUAUUGACGAAGCCACGGCCAAUGUGGAUCCAAGAACUGAUGAGUUAAUACAAAAAAAAAUCCGUGAGAAAUUUGCCCACUGCACUGUGCUAACCAUAGCACACAGAUUGAAUACUAUUAUUGAUAGCGACAAGAUAAUGGUUUUGGAUUCAGGGAGACUGAAAGAAUAUGAUGAGCCAUAUGUUUUGCUGCAAAAUAGAGACAGCCUGUUUUAUAAGAUGGUGCAACAACUGGGCAAGGCUGAGGCUGCUGCCCUCACUGAAACAGCAAAACAGGUGUACUUCAAGAGGAAUUAUCCAGAUAUUACUCACAAUGGCCAUGUGGUUAUGAACGCUUCCAGUGGACAGCCCUCAGCCUUAACAAUUUUUGAGACAGCACUGUGA